AUGCCACCCACCAUUGUCCUCAUCCGCCACGCGCAGGCCCUUCACAACCUUCACAAUACCAUUCAUGAUCCCCCCCUCACUGACCUAGGCGUCGAGCAGUGCUCCGCCCUCCGCAAGAACCUCAUCUCUACCUUUUCCGACUCAACCCUUGAAUAUCAAGAUGUCGCCAUCAUCGUGAGCCCCAUGCGUCGUACUCUUCAGACGGCCAUGCUCUCUCUCGACUGGCUCGUCGACCGCGGCGUCAAGAUUGAGGGUAGCGCUGAUUGGCAGGAAAACUCGGACAAGCCUUGUGAUACUGGAAGUCCUAUAGACUCAGUCUCGCCCGACUUUGCUAGGGUCAAUUUUGAUACUGUUGAUGCUCUCUGGCCAGACAAGACAUCCCCCGCAGCUCAGCGAUACGCCCACACCAAGCGUGACAUCCUCGCCCGUGGCCACCGUGCCCUCGAGGACUUGCACAGUCGUCCCGAAAAGAUCAUCUUUGUAGUCUCUCACUCUGGCUUCCUUCGCGUCGGCGUCGUGGGCUACUGGUUCUUCAACAGCGACUACAGGGUGUUUGACUUUGAGGCUGAGCGGGGUGAGGAUGGGAGAUUGAAGGUCAAGCAGAGCGAGGCCACUCUCUCUGGUGGAAUGGGUUUGUCAUGGACAGACCCGGUUCUUCUUGGAGAUGGUCUUCCUGACGAGGACGUCGAGGUUGAUGGAGUCAAUUAG